AUGCACUUAUUAUCAGGAGAAUCUGUCUCACCUUCAGAACUAAGAUGUUCGAUUCUAGAGGAAAAAGAAAAUUUAGUCCAGCCUGAAUUGACAGCUGAACCGGUUAUAACAUUAUCAAAACAAAGAACCAAAAAACCUGCAGAUACGAUGUUUGCAGCCCAUUGCAGAACUCAUUUAAUCACAAAAACCUCUGAAGCAACAAACCGAAAUGGAUCAGAAUUACCGUUCCACUGUGAAAUAUGUGAGAAAUCAUACACAAUGAGAAAGUGUCUUAAAGUUCACACGAGGAAACAUACUGGAGAAUUCUAUUACACAUGCGACAAGUGUGACUUCACAUCGAAUACAAAUAGCAGUUUUGCACAACAUAAGAAAAGACAACACCCCAGCACAAAACCUUUUAAAUGUGAUACCUGUGACUACGCAGCUAUUGGCAAAUCUUCUUUAACUAGGCAUUUAAUAACUCACACAGGGGAGAAGCCAUAUUGUUGUGGUCAAUAUGAGUACAGGUGCAAUAAGCUUGGUAACUUAAAUAAACACAAGAAACAAAUGCACAGCAUGUGA